GCAUGCAUUGCGCCGCACUCUCAGCUGAGUGUAUACGCCAAAUAUAUCUUGAUAUGUGUGUUUCCUUCUCGAAUUAACGGAUUAUUAACAGAGAAGCAUCAUUGCAAUUGACUGUAGUCGAAGUAUGUGUAGUUGAUUGUUUGUUUCUAGGAACUUUCCGGUGCGUGGAGCCAUAUUGUGAGGGAUAUACCGCUCGAGACAGAGAGGAAACCGAGUUCUCAUGCUCAUUGCGAGUCCAAAAUGGCGACCACAUCGUCAGUAAAUGUCAGUUUGGACGACAUAGAUCUUACUAGUUUACGGGAGCCUGCGGGGAUAUUUGAUUUGAUUGAAGUGGUUGGAAACGGUACUUAUGGCCAAGUUUACAAGGGUCGCCACACAAAAACUGGACAGCUGGCAGCUAUUAAGGUUAUGAAUGUGACCGAGGAGGAGGAAGAGGAGAUCAAACUGGAAAUCAAUGUGCUCAAAAAAUAUUCCCAUCACCGGAAUAUUGCUACAUACUAUGGUGCUUUUAUCAAGAAGGGGCCGCCCGGCAAGGAUGACCAGCUGUGGCUUGUUAUGGAAUUCUGCGGUGCUGGCUCAGUGACAGAUUUAGUCAAAGCAACAAAGGGCAACUGUCUGAAGGAAGAAUGGAUUGCCUAUAUUGCCAGGGAGAUCCUGCGGGGCCUAGCCCACCUACAUCAAAACCGAGUCAUCCACAGGGAUAUCAAAGGCCAAAAUGUUUUAUUAACAGACAACGCAGAAGUCAAAUUAGUUGACUUUGGUGUUAGUGCUCAGCUAGACAAGACAAUAGGGAGGAGAAAUACAUUCAUAGGAACUCCUUACUGGAUGGCGUCAGAAGUUAUAGCUUGUGAUGAAAAUCCAGAUGCUACCUAUGACAAUAGGAGUGAUCUGUGGUCUUUAGGCAUCACAGCAAUAGAAAUGGCUGAAGGAAAGCCACCACUCUGUGAUAUGCAUCCUAUGAGAGCGCUGUUUCUUAUACCCAGAAAUCCACCGCCUAGGCUCAAAAACCCAACAAAAUGGUCCAGCAAAUUCCACAACUUUGUUGAAUCAUGCUUGAUCAAGGACUACACCCAGCGACCUAACACGGAACAGCUUCUGAAGCAUCCCUUCAUCCGUGAUCAGCCGACUGAGAGGCAGGUCCGCAUACAGCUCAAGGAUCACAUAGACAGGCAUAAAAAGAACAAGAAAGGUGAUGACCACGACACAGAGUAUGAGUAUGAAGGUAGUGACAAUGAUGAAGAUGAGGACAACACGAUGCCUGGAGAGCCAAGCUCAAUCCUCCAAAUCCCAGGCGAGUCCACCCUCAAACGUAACUUCCAGCAGAUCCAGGAGAGGGAAGCUCGGGGCAACCAGCAGUCGCGCCAUGCCCACCACCACCACCAACACCAGCAGCAGCAGCAGCAGCAACAGCGUCAACAUGACCGUCGCAGCCAGCAUGGACAGCGUCCACACUCUGGCCACGGACAGCGUGUCCCAUCUAGUCAGUACAUCCCACCCUCACAGCCCCACGGCGGACAUGAACCACCCAAACAGUUCCCUUUCCAGUCCAGGCCAAUCGUUAUGCCGGACCCUAAGAAUCCAAGCUCCAGUGCUGGCCAAGCUAUGCAACUCGACCAUCCCAUCAGCCGCCCCUCCGGCAUGUUUGGUGGACCUGUCAACAAACCAGAGAAUGACCAAGAGGAUCUGGAGAGACUGGCUGCACAUCUCAGUAAGAUGGGUGCUGAGGAGCGUCAGGCUCGAACUGUUAUCGUUGAGGAUGAUGCAAGUGACGAGGACGAAGAUGACGAGGAUGACGACAUCAAUCGUGAUGGCACCUUGCCUGCCUCAGAACCAGCCAGACCUCUAAUGCAUUCAAGUCUAGUCAGCAGCUACUCGGUUCCACCUGGCGGCUUCUCAGUGGACACCGGAGAGACACAGUCCUCCAUGGUUAUACAUGAAGACAUGCCCCCACCCCGCGUGCCAAACAUUGACUCUGGACACAAUCUGAGCAAAGUGAACGAGGAUGAUGGAGAGAAUACCCUGGUUGCCAGAAGGAAGGCUGACACUGAACAGAACAAAUCAGAACCUGCUUUCGAUGGAGACAAAUAUCGGCGCAAUGACCGUGAAGGGCAGCGAAGCAGCGCCAAGCCUCCCCAUGCACAACAGCACAUUCACAGAACAGCUUCCAACUCAUCAGCUCCUGGUGCUCUUGGGAUGCAGUCACCACGUCACAGCCAGAAUGUUUUACCAGAUCUCCUUCCUCCACGCACACCCCCACAGCCGAGGUCACCUCCCACCCCGCAGCGACCCCAGGACAAAUCUACAUCCGAUGAGUAUCGGCAGGCGGUGAGUAAACAGGCCGGUGGCAUGAAACACCAGCGCUCCUUCUCCGCCUUCGGGUUUGGAGCGGGUGGCUCAACUGUCGGUUCUGUCUCCUCACAGCAGAGUCGAAGAGGGUCGCAGAUCAACGUCAACGUCACGCCGUCACAGACCACAGAGGCCACAGGGGACACCCCGGAGAUCCGCAAAUACAAGAAGAGAUUCGGCUCGGACAUCUUGUGUGCUGCAUUAUGGGGAGUCAAUCUGUUGAUUGGAACAGAAAAUGGUUUGAUGCUGCUGGACAGAAGUGGACAAGGAAAAGUGUACACUUUGAUAUCCCGGCGCCGCUUCCAGCAAAUGGAGGUCCUGGAAGGACAGAACAUUCUGGUGACCAUAUCUGGGAAGAAAAACAAGAUCCGUGUCUACUAUUUAUCCUGGCUCAAGAGCAAGAUCUUCAAAACAGAGGGGAGCGACAAGAAGAAUGGCUGGGUGAAUGUUGGUGAAUUAGAAGGAUGUGUGCAUUUCAAAAUUGUAAAAUAUGAAAGAAUAAAGUUUCUUGUGAUAGCAUUGCAAGAUAGUAUAGAGAUCUAUGCAUGGGCUCCCAAACCCUACCACAAGUUCAUGGCCUUCAAGGUGAUCUUUUCCGAGCUGGCUUACAAACCUCUGCUGGUAGAUCUGACUGUUGAAGAAGGCUUGAGGUUAAAGGUCAUCUACGGCUCCAAUCAGGGCUUCCAUGCCAUUGACCUGGACACCUCCCAGAACUUUGAUCUGUACAUUCCUUCACAUACUCAAGGUCCAAUCACGCCUCACACAAUUGUCAUUCUUCCCAACACCAAUGGUUUACAGCUGCUUCUGUGCUAUGACAAUGAGGGAGUCUACGUGGACACAAACGGGAAGAUUACCAAGAACGUGGUGCUACAGUGGGGAGAGCUACCUACCUCUGUCGCAUAUAUCAGCACAGGUCAGAUUAUGGGCUGGGGGAACAAAGCCAUAGAGAUCCGGUCAGCUGAGACUGGACAUUUGGAUGGAGUUUUUAUGCAUAAGAAAGCUCAGAAACUGAAAUUCCUCUGUGAAAGAAAUGAUAAGGUGUUUUUCUCUUCCGUUCGGUCAGGAUCGUCUUGUCAGAUCUACUUCAUGACCUUGAGCAAGCCUGGCCUUGCCAACUGGUGAUUUCCACAAACCCUAUAGCAACAGGUGCUGUCCGUAGCAAAGAUAGAAGUGCCGCCCAAAGACAGCUGCUGCACAAGAAUACUCAGCCAAGUCACACAGUGGCAUCUGUUGCAGCUCAAGUCCUUUCAGAUGUUGAUAACUCUUGGAUAUUGUCCUACUCUCUCUGGGGACGUAAUGGCAAUAGAUGCCAUUAAUUAAUACAUACAUGUCAUUAAUUAGUACAUAAAUGUCAUUAGUUAAUACAUAAAUGUCAUUAAUUAAUACAUAUAUGUCAUUAAUUAAUACAUAAAUGUCAUUAAUUAGUACUUAAAUGUCAUUAGUUAAUACAUAAAUGUCAUUAAUUAAUACAUAAAUGUCAUUAAUUAAUACAUAAAUGUCAUUAAUUAGUACAUAAAUGUCAUUAGUUAAUACAUAAAUGUCAUUAAUUAAUACAUAAAUGUAUGGAGGUAAACUUAAAUGAACUAUUCACCCUGAACGUUAUAAGUUGUGACAGUGAAUAGGUUGAAUCUAGAGCCUGGUUAAGAAUUUUAGGUUAAUGGUCCAUUAGCCAUGAAAAUAGAUUUUGAGGAAAGUGUUGAACUGAAAUAAGCUCUUUGUAAGACUUCCACUUCCAAACCUGUUUCUGUCAGAACUACUGUUAGCAUUAAUUGAUUAGGACAUGAAAGUCUAUUUAAAUUCAGUGAGCCAUUAGCUGAACUUUGUAACUCUUGCUUUCUUUCAAUUAUUCUUGAAGGUUUUACUGGACUUGAUCAAUCUUGACGCAAUACUGUUAAAGAAGCAAUUCUCUUCUUUGUCUUGUGUAUUCAGCAAUAGGCAGUGUACAGAUAGCUCCCUCUUUUUAAUCCCUUAUCGUGUUGACCUACUCGUUCAUCAGCUGACAAAGGCGGCAUAAAACCCAACGCACUCACUCUCUCACUCAUCAGUUGACGGUGUCACCAUCUGGAAGUAGAGGUACUGGCAUCCAUUCCAGUUGUGCUAUGGACUUGUUCCACUAUGAAUAGUGUAUAACAUUAUCUGUGUAAAACCUUGCAAUCUUAUACAAAGUGUACCAUCUUGCUUUUAUGGUUGAACAAUACUGGUGCUUUCAGUCCAACAGUCUAUAUUUUAGUUCAUACUUUUAGUUUCUAGUCAUAAUGAGCUGAAGAGUAACACUCAUCUUACUGUAGUUAGUUCAGUCCUUGGUGGGCUUUGUACACUUGACAUUAUCCAUUAGUCUAUUUCAGAAUAGUUUAUUGUAAAAUAAUCCAAUCAUAAAUAUCACACCUAUCACAUUUUUGUACAAAUGUAUUAUUAACAAGAUAAGUUAUUCUUACAUUCUAUAUUGGAUGAAUCUGUUCUGUAAUAAAUUAGAAAAUAAAAUUGAAAACUGAAUACCGGUAUUGAAAAUUGAAAAUAAAUUGAAGCUUGUGUAGGGAUUCUGAAGAUGGACUUUCAGUAAUGGGCAUACACUCUGAGAAAGAUCCAUCGUAUACAACAAUGUUUAUUUUUGUAAAUAGUCGUCUUUUUGUUUGUAAUAGAUCUCAAUCUCCAAAUUAAGGAGUGCUCUUUCCCCCCUAGUAUUUGAACUGUUCUUUUGUCUUAAUUUCUUGGGUUUUCUUAUGGAAAAUUGUGUAAAAAAUGUGCCAUAUAUUUGCUUCUGAGAAUGCUGUAGUAUACCUUCGCAUUCUACUAAUCUCCUUAUAUUGAUAAUGAAGGGAAGGAGUUUAAGGGUAAUAUCUUCCUACAUGAUGGUUGAGAAAAGGUUGGUCUUUCCGUAUUUCAUGUGUAUGGACAAUAUUAUGUUGAUAUAUCCUCAAUGAAAAAAUUGUUUAAACCAUAAUUUUUAUUUAUCUUACUAGUUCAAAAUUAGCUGUUCAAUGAAGAGAAUGCCAACAUCAUGUCGCAUGGCGAAUAUGUACCCGCUGUCAUGUAUGUGGGUCAUCUUGUAAGCUGCUUCCCUGAAUGCAUGGGUGAAUUGUCAGUUAAUACUUCCACUUGCUUUCUGCUGCUAAGUGUCAAAGAUCACAACAUCUAGCUCACCAUUUUAUACUCUAUGUAUAUACUCAUAAUACUUAGACAUGUAUAUGCUUGUCUUUAAAGAAGCACAGACAAUAUCCAUACAAGCUGAUUCAAUAUUUCAAAUUGUAUUUGUAUUGUUAAUGAAAACUAAUGUAACUUCAUGCAGUCCAAACAUUAAGAACAUUUCAGAGCCAACCAAACUAGUGAAGGUAGACAACAUACUUUUAUAUAAGUGUAAAUAUUGUAAAUAUGAACAUAUUUUGGGUUGAUACAUUCUAUAUCAACAAGCCAUCUUUUGUAUUUAUUUUGAGUUGUUUCGAGACUUCGUUUUAGUUUGAAACCAUUACACCACACACCAAAGAAAUUUCAACUAGAACUAGCAUACAUGUUAUGGAAAUUUAAGAUCUGAAAUGUCUGUGAACAGAUUACCCUUUUGAAAACAGGCUAAUGUAUAAAUUGUAGCAGAAAUGUAAACAUUUAGAAAACCCAUCUAAAAGAAUGACAAGCUGCCAUUGGAAACUGUUGUAUAUAACCACGUGCUUUGAAAUGUACAUAUGUAAUACUGGAAGGCCGGAGGUGGAGAACUUCAGCCCAUAACAAAAGCAUCUUUCUGUAUUUGUUGCGUUCAUACAUGACUAUAUCAUAUUUUGUAUUUCUACGUCUUGUAUAGAUUUUUGUACGUGUGUUUUGUAUUUAUGAUUCUGUAAAAAGCAAGCUGUUAGUAGGUACAAAGGCUCUAUUGUGAUACUCUAUGGCUUUUAACAAAGGUAUGUGCAAUCUUUUAUUUUCUUUUAAACAGCUGAAAAUAUCAAGCCCUCUCACCUGUCAUGGGAAAUCAUCAUUUGUCCUGGUUGUCAAAUGUUCUAUUUUCAUGCCUAGUGAUGUUUGUUAUUGUCUACAUGUAAUUGAAAAAGGACAGCUUAGUUCAUUGUCUUCCAUGUAGUGUCGAAGUAAUGUAGCUUUGAAGUUGGAGAUUAUUGUAACUAUAAGUGGUAAGAUGAAUUGUAUUAAAAUUAGUGAAAGACAGUUAUUUGUCCUGAAAUCAUGAGGAGGGCUUUUGAUGAUGUGAAUGAAAUAGGCAUCCACUACACCGAUACCUACGUAUAAAAUAUACCAGUAACGGGCAUGUAUAGACAUUAUGAGAUAUGGCCUAAGUUUGCUAUAAUCUUAACCUUGCUGGCCUAGAUAAAAACAGCAUUAUUGUCAAUUUCAGCAGGUACAUAUGCUGCAGCUGAUUACCUGAUUAUGCAAUGAGCACCAAACGAUGUGUAUUUCUCCAGUAGUUGUCUCUCCAACUCAAACUGUGCCUUUAUCAUUUCAUUUCUAUAUUUUACCCACACCUUCCACUUGAUAGCAGGUGAUGUUCAUUUCAUACUCAAUGUCAUUGACAUGGAUUGGAUGUUCUGUCGCAGGAACCACAGAGUCUCUGCCGGCCCACUCUUUGGUUGUAGUUGAGUAUUUAAAGAAACAAGGAUCUAAGUAUGUUUUAUUGAGUUAGGGUAGGAGGGAGGUGUUCUGUUACAGCUGAAGUUGGGCUUACUGCAUGAUAUUUAUUUUGGGCUAGCUUUGUAUGAUUUUAUAGAGAUUCACACAGCUUGUCACCCGUGUGUAGAUCAAAAUAAAGCAAAACCAAAUGUA